CUUGAUGGUUCUCGGAAGCAAAAAAAAAAAAAAAAGACAUGCCAUCAUUGCUGCUUCCUUAUGCUUUUACUUUUGCAAAUCCAUCAAAAACAAAUAGACAAAAUCAUAUUUUUAACACAAACCUGAACUCAGAAGAUUGUCAUAUAUACAGCUCCCGAGUGAGCUUGAGUUAUCCCCAUGGCGACUUCACCUGAACCCAGGUCCGAAAACCCAAUUGAUUUUCGUGCCCCGCCUCCCUCUCCGGUAGCCUCCGGACGCCGAUCGACUGUCACCAAUGAUGACAUCCUCACCGAAUUCCUCCACCACUCCCUUCGUGUCCCCGACCUCAUCUUGCCCCAUAAGGUCUUUCCCCGCCAGAAAUUCAUUGAAAGUCCCCCAGUGAUUGAUUUGCAAUCCUUGACUUCCAAGGAAAGUGAUUCAAUACCCAAGAUUCUGGAUUCUAUAUCCGGAAUUGGGUGCUUUCAGCUGGUGAACUACGGAAUUCCGCCUGAAAGUAUGAGUGCCGCAUUGGCUGCCGCCACUGGCAUUUUCCAUGUUCCACCAGAAAAGAAGGCGGCGGCGACGAGGUCGUUGGAAAGGCCAUACGGUUUUGAAGAAGGUCAUGAAGAGGAGGGCGAGAGCGAAUUGAGUGAAGAGUUUGUAUGGUGUAGAGAUGAAGCUUUGAAGUUGGAAAUGGAGGGAGUCUGGCCAGCAGGAUAUUCAAAUUUCAGCGAGAAAAUGGAAGCCCUGAUGUUUGAGAUAGAGAAAGUUGCUGAGAAAAUUCUAUUGGCCCUCUGGGAAAGUUUUCUAAGAAAACCAAUAUACGAAAAUGAAAUGAUACAACAACAAGAACUUGGGUCAGUGUGUUGUCUCUACAAGCAUAGCAAGAAUGUACCGACCGACAAGUGGUAUGAUGUGAUCAGGAUGUUAAUAAGGGGUACUGAUUUCUCUCAUUCCUUGUGUUUGCAUUUAUGUGAUGGGUCUUCAGAGUUUCACGUCUACUCCAAGAAAGGUUGGGUUUCUUUUAUCCCAGAGAAAGGUGCCCUGAUAAUCACUGUUGGAGACCAAAUCCAGGUAAAAUAUUUGGACUCUAUUUUCCGCUUGGCUAAAGGCUAA